ACCUGCGGCCUCCAGGGUUUCCUUCCCCUUCUCCCUGCCUGGAGAAGUUUCGUUUCCUGCUGGCGGGGGGCGGGAAGUGUACUGCCACAGGUACCGGAAGCCCGUGCCCAGUAGCGGAGCCCCCGCCCCGUUCCCGGGUUCCCCCCCGUCACCGGUACCGUCCCGCUCUUUGUGGGUCCCCGCGGCCCAUUCCCGGAUUGGGCCCGGCCGCCCCCCCCCCCAUCCAGGCCCGGUACCGGCACCGACUUCGGACCCAGGCAGGAGGGGCCACCCCGAUGCCGGCCGAGCCGGAGGUGCCAGGGGUGGCCACCGAGCCCCCCUGCCCCAGGGUCCCCCUAAAGAAGACAGGGGACGAGUGGGGGGCACAGCUCCCCCGGGCCAACGACACUGAAAAGGACUCCGGCUUCUCAGACACCAGCUCAGAGCACUUGAGCGGGCGGGAGCAGACGGAUACGGAAGAACCCCCGGGCUCCGGCACCCAAGGGUCCCCGCUGCAGCACCCAGCCACUCCCCCGGCACCCGGCCACCCCUUCACCCACCUGGCACCCGUCUACCUCGUCCACAACCUCCUCCUCCAGCAGCCCCUGGGAGCCCCCCCAGAGCCCUGGCAGCCAGCUCAGCUUCUCCUGCUCCAGCCCCUGUCACCUGCCAUCCCCCGCCAGGACACCACUGCAAUGGCUGCCCCGGUAGGGAGCCCGGGUUGCCAAAACCAGCGGCUGGGGGUGACAGUGGAGUUUUUGCGCUGGGGGGGGCUGCUGGCAGUGGCUCUUCGGACCGGGGCCCUUCUCCGGCAAAAUCGGCGCACCCAGCGGGAGAUCGCCACCCUGCGCCGGCACACUCGGUUACUGGCCCGUGCCACCCGCGAUCCCCGUGCCUGGCCUCGCCUGCGCGAUGCCCGGGGGGGUGGCCCACCGGUGCCCCCCAAUUCCCGCCAGGAGCCCCGUGCUUUUGGGGAGGGGUUGGGUGCAGGGGGGCUGUAGGGUUGCGGGAGAAUAAAGGUGCAGGGGUGUC